AUGCCUUCCAAAUACGCCAGCACCUUCUACGAACCACUGACCGAGGACGUAGAAGAGUUCCUCGGCUGCUUCCAGCACGCCGACUCAGUCCGCCUGGUGGGCUUUACGGCCCUGUGGAAGAAGGCCCGCUUUUCGGACCUCUUCCUGGGCAUGGCCAGCAUGAGCGAAAUGAGGCGAUUCUGCCGGGUGGCUCUGGCCACGGCCGUCAAAUACUUCUUGCCGCCUUACUGCUAUCAGGUGCGGGUCGGCGGUCUCUACUUGAUGCACGCCUUCUACUACACGCAACUCGCCGUCCCUCGGGUGCAGAUCCGCCUGGCUCUCCGGGACUGGGACGACGUGCAGAAGUUUUUGCGGGACUCCAUCGCCUGCGGACACCUGGACGUGGUUUUCGUCUACCGGAAGCUGGUCGCUGCCAAAGCUGUAGACUACACCGCCAUGCCGCAUUUGCUCGUCUUCCAGCGGCCCAAAAAGGCCAAAGUGCAGGAGGUGUGCGCCGGGAUGCUGGCCAGGGCCAACGGGGUACAAGAGCUGCUAACCGAGGACUACCUGGAGGAGCUUUCCAACGUCCAGAACUACUACUACAAGAUUAAGAACGAGUUGGUAGAGGUUCGCCUCCAGGCCACCAUGACCCAUGCAGACUUUGCCUCUCGUCUUAAAGACACUUUGAAUGAGUUCCACGUAUGGCAGCAGAAGACUUUCAAGCAAACAAACGAUGCCUGCAAGGAUGAGGCCAAGCCCACUGAGCAGGAGGACUGCCGAAGCCGGGCUGCCCUGCUGGCCUCCAUCAAGAGGAGAGGCUAUGGGCAAAGCCUGUGUGACUCCAAGUCGAGGAAGUCCCGCCCGGAGGAGGCGGAGGAUUCAUACGGAUCUUUUCCCAAGCAGCAAGCUCCUGAUAAGAAGGAAAGGCCCCUGUCACUGAGGGCCCGCACAUGGAAGACUCUUGGGAAAACCACGGGGAAAUCGGAGUUGCAGACUUGGCUUUUGAGGGCCCCAGACCAGGAGGGAGUGCCAUUGCGACAGAAGAACAGUCAAGAGAAGGAGGGUUAUGUGCACUUAUCUUAA